CCAAACACUGAGCUGGUAGUGGACACAGAGAGUUCUGCACUCUCUUUCACUGAGGAGAGCAGAACAGAACAAGAGGAGGAGAACAAAAAAAAAAAAGAGAAAAAUCCUAUGGCCUCUUGUGCAUCACCAAGGCUCAAAUCCCUGUGCCACCAUCCACUCUUCAUCAUCUUGCUUGCUCUCUCAUUGCUGCAGACAAUCACAGCAGAGGAUGAGCAGGAGGCUGAUAGGGUUGCCUUCCUCCCUGGGCAGCCAAGGAGCCCACAGAUGUCUCAGUUCUCAGGCUACAUCACUGUGAACAGCCAGAAUGGCAGGGCACUCUUCUACUGGUUCUUUGAGGCUCAGGCACUGCCUUCCAAGAAGCCUCUCCUGCUCUGGCUUAAUGGAGGUCCUGGUUGCUCAUCUGUGGGCUAUGGAGCAGCUUCUGAAUUGGGUCCUCUCAUGGUCAAUGGAAAUGGAACAGGUUUGGAAUUCAACAAGUUUGCAUGGAAUAACGAGGCCAAUUUGUUGUUCUUGGAAUCUCCUGUUGGAGUCGGCUUCUCCUACACAAAUACCUCGUCUGACCUAGAGAGCAUCGAUGACCGUUUUGUCGCUGAGGACACCUACAAUUUCUUGGUGAAUUGGUUCAAGAGGUUUCCUCAGUACAAAAACCAUGACUUCUACAUCUCUGGAGAGAGCUAUGCAGGGCACUAUGUUCCUCAGCUUGCUGAUGUAGUGUAUGAGCGCAACAAGCAUGUUGAAACAAACCAGCAUAUCAAUUUGAAAGGAUUUAUUGUUGGCAAUGCAGAGACUGAUGAUUACUAUGACUACAAGGGACUAGUUGAGUUCGCUUGGAGUCACUCAGUGAUCUCAGAUCAACUCUAUAAGCAUGUCAACAAUGUUUGCGACUUCAGGUUAUCACCCCGUAGCAAUGAGUGUAACCAUGUAAUGGGAUACAUAUAUGAUCAGUACGAUAUGAUCGAUAUUUUCAAUGUGUAUGCACCUAAGUGCAACACUGAUGACUCAUCCCUCUUUUCCACCUCCUACAGUACAGCUGAUAUGAAUGCUAAGAAGAGGCUUAAAGGCACGAGGAUGUACUCAGGGUAUGAUCCGUGCUAUUCGUCACAUAUCGAAGAUUACAUGAACAAGAUGGAUGUGCAGAAAUCACUUCAUGCGAAUACGAGUGGAUUGAUCAAGGACAGAAAAUGGAGUAUCUGCAGUUAUUCAAUAUUCGACAAUUACGACAUCACGGUCUUCUCUGUUCUUCCUAUUUACUCUAAGCUUAUCAAGGCUGGCCUACGAAUAUGGGUCUACAGUGGAGACGUGGAUGGCAGGGUUCCAGUUAUUGGAUCCCGGUACUGCGUAGAAGCCCUUGGCCUUCCUGUUAAGUCACAGUGGCAACCAUGGUACCUAAACAAUCAGGUUGCUGGGAGAUUUGUUGAGUAUCAAGGAUUGACAAUGGCCACAGUAAGAGGAGCUGGACAUGCAGUGCCACAAGACAAGCCAGAACAGGCACUGGUGGUAAUCAAUUCCUUUCUUUCAGGCAGGCGACUACCAACAAAAAACAACCGAUGAUACAACCCAGAUAAAACUUACACAUAAAAAUAAAGAAGGAAUAAGUCAUCGAUAUUAUCAUACAUAGAUGAAACAAUACAUGUAUUGUAGGCUCUUCAUGUAUGCAAUUGUCUGUGUCAACUAGAUGCCACCCUAUACAUUAAUCUGUAUAUUUUCCUUAUGUUUGAGUUUUAUGUUGAGAAUGAUAAUUUCAACCCUAUAUUUUCAAACAAAGACUAGAACUUGCCCUUGUUAA